GAGAAAGUUUACUUUUCCUCGAUAUUCCGGACAGGACCCACAGUAGUAAAUAAGAGCUCAGGAUAAGGUCUUGUAAUAGUUAUUUAAAAAUUAUUUUAGUGCCGCUAUGUCUUCUGGUAAAUCACUUGACGGUGUUCCUAAAUGGGAGAGAUGGGUUCGUGUGCUGCUUUGUGUCUUAGGUUUAAUAUUAUCGGUUUAUGCUCUUCAUGUGGAGCUGUCCCGCGAAAACGACCCACAUUACCGAGCUAUGUGCGACCUCGCUGAAUCAGUGAGCUGCUCCAAGGUCUUCACCUCCAGAUGGGGACGUGGAUUUGGACUUGUUCAGCUGUUUGCGGAAAAGGACAGCCUUCUGAACCAACCAAACAGUGUGUUGGGCAUCAUCUUUUACACUCUGCAGCUAGGCCUAGGCCAAAUGGUGUCCACUACAGCAGCACAUUUCUUGGUCAUGGCAUCCUGGGUGUCGGUAGCUGGUUCUAUCUAUCUAGCUGCUAUUCUAGUGCUGGUGCUGGGUGAUUUCUGCAUGGUGUGUGUGUCGACAUACAUCAUCAACUUUGCUCUCCUCUACACCAACCUAAAGAGAAGGACAGGCCUCAGGGGAAAGCAGAAGAAAGAGAAGACAAGAUGAGAUCUCUUAUCUGUGUGCGUGUCUGUCUGUCUGUCUUAUUUAGUAAGUGAUGCAAGGAACCAGCAGUGAUAUUGGAUUACAGGUGUCUUAAGACGAGGCCAAAUGCAAUGACAAUAAUUAAAAAACAUAAUUUUUUUUUUAUUAUAACUGGUCCUGCCUGCUGAAACAGUGCCCCAUAUAAGAAUAUAGUGUUCUUGCUUGUAGAUCAGAGUGUUACAGAAAAGCAUGCAAGUUAGUAAUCUGUUUACUUAAAAAACUAUCAACCUCUUUGAAUAAAAGCUUAUUAAAAAGUAA